ACAGUCGAGUGGCUAGACCUCCAUCUAUUGGACAUUACCGAACACCUGGAGCCGUACCGAAAGAACGAGAAUCGAGCGCGAAGAAAUCAAAUUGGUUUACACUAGCUCGUGAAAAAGAUAUUGGAGAUUGCUCACCCAAUUGGCAGCGGGUAAAUUGCUUCAGCUGACUGUUACAAGGUCGACGCCCCGUUUUCGGGAAUAUCAUUUUAUGUAUUUGACCAGAUGAAUGAUAAGGCACUUAGGAUCUCUGUCUAAUAUAUAGAAGUGCAACCAAGUCAUGGUAACUACCCUUUGUGUAAUUGUAUUUUAAAGAGCUCGGAAGAAAAACUCGACAAUUUUCGAACUGCGAUCUCUACGUGUAAGUUGUGUUGUUUUCAUUUGCGGCAGCGGAUAUAGAAAAGGUUAAAUCUUUCCUUUCAGAAGAUAAGCUGCUGAUCAACUCUCAUGAUAAAGAAGGCUUGUCUCCACUCCAGUUGGCUUGUUUCCGCGGUAACCUUCCGAUUGUUGAGCUUCUUCUAAAAUGUGGCGCAAACGUAAACUCCACCUCACAUAAACAGGGUUAUACUGCCCUAAUGUUUGCUGGUCUUUCAGGAAACACUGAGGUUGUUGAGCUACUCCUUCAUUAUGGUGCUCGAAUAAAUGAUGUAAACAGUAUUGGAAGGACCGCUUCUCAAAUGGCAGCAUUUGUGGGGAAUCAUAACGUUGUUACUCUUAUUAAUAACUACCUGGAAAGAGAAGAACUAGAUAUUUAUGUGUCAAAGUCCCAGUUAAUACCUGAACAUUCAUCUACACUUCACCGACUAGUAUUGGAGCUUAAUAUUUCACCUGUUAAAAUCUUCCUGUUGCUGAACAAUGAGAUUGAAACUCAAAGCUGCAUAGGAGGAAAUUACGAGAAAUGUAUGUUGACUCAUUGGCGUAGUAUCCAUACUGUUCUUGAAGAUUUAUGCAACAAAUAUUUUACACCUCACUUAACGCAUGAACCAUUAUCUCUAAAACUGCAUUUGUUGGCUUGUUGUAUACGCCAGGCUGGAGAAUAUUAUGAUAAAGAGUCGAAAAGUACAGACGGUCAAAUUAAUGCUUCCUCACCAUUAAAGCAACUAAUAAAAAAAUUCUUGGUCGGUAUAGAGCCAUACGGUUUGCCGUUAGGUCAAGAGCAAUUUUUACGACAAUCCUUGACUUCCUUUCCCCAUCAUCAGUCGACUUUAUGGAGGCAUGUUGUCCAACAAAUAUCCCCGCUAGAUUUAGGCCGUAUGCCAACAGCGUUCUCCAUCCUUACUAAAACAAUCAAUGGCACUAUUAUGUACAAUGCUCGACCUUUUGAACUGUGUGCAACAUGUGGAGAUGGUCCUGAACUAGGAAAACCAGAGAAGCUAAAAGCAUGUCAGCAAUGCAAGGUUACUUCAUACUGUUCAGUCUCUUGUCAACGUCUACACUGGUUUAGUCAUAAAAAGUUUUGUCCAGUCAUCAGAACUAAAUAAACUUUGAUGUCCUCAUACGAAUACAUGCUUUUACUUAAAAAAUUUCUUAUUUGGAGAUAUGGUAGUUUACAGCAUUUAUUAUGCAUAUAGUUAAGUUUUGGCAGAAGCUAAAAGUACAAGUUAUUGUACACGAUCCAUGAGAGGGAUUAAUCUAUUAUCGACAAAUACUUAUGAGUACUCUUCACAGUUUACUACACAUGCCAAGUAGUAAGUGACAGAAAGUUUCUCAUUUUUCUAUGGUUGAUAGACGUUUCUCUUAACACCUCCGAGUUUUCAUAAGUAAGGCCCAUCAUACCAGGUACUAAGAAGCUUCUUCCAUCGACGAAAAUGUUCCCACAUUUCGUGAUGAGACAUAACUCGCACUAACAGUUCAAUGGCAUAAAUUUGGUCGGAGUAGGUUUAUCAUAUUAAUAUUUAUAUUUAACAAUAUUCUUGUUCAUACCUGCUCUCAAUUUGUAUACCGUUCAGAUACUGCACUAACACGCCA